AUGGAACAUGAGCCCUCCAGGUCACUACAAUGCUUCCCUCCAACACAGGUCCACAAGUUUACUCGCGAAGUACUAAUCGGCAACGGAGUUCCAUCCGAAGCAGCAGACACCGUAGCAAAAUGUCUGGUUGCAGCUGAUCUUCGAGGCAUCGACACCCACGGGGUCAACCGAAUCCCCUCAUACCUCGAGAGGAUCCGACAAGGGGUGCUCGACCCAAAAGCCAAACCGACCGUCCAUCAAGUCACUCCGGUGGUGGCCCAGGUGGACGGGAACAAUGGUUUCGGAUUCGUCGCCGCAUCGCUGGGGAUGGACACGGCCAUAGAAAUGGCCAAGGUCUACGGGAUCGGCAUGGUGAGCGUCAAACACUCGAACCACUUCGGGAUGUCGGCGUGGAUUGUCCAACAGGCCAUCGACGCUGACAUGAUGUCGUUGGUCUUUACCAACUCAUCUCCAGCAUUGCCCGCUUGGGGGGCUAAGUCGAAGUUACUCGGUGUAUCCCCCAUCGCGUGCGGUGCACCUGCAGGCAAGACGAAACCGUUUAUUCUAGAUAUGGCUCCGAGCAUCGCUGCGCGGGGCAAGAUCUACAAGGCGCAAAGAAGGGGUGAAAAGAUUCCUCUCGACUGGGCGCUGGACGAGAACGGUCGUCCGACAGAUGACCCGGCAAAAGCGUUGCAGGGCGUCAUGCUGCCCAUGGGAGGUCCGAAGGGCUCAGCGCUGGCGAUCAUGAUGGACGUGUUCUCUGGAGUCUUGUCGGGUUCGGCGUUUGCUGGUCAUGUUACGAACCCCUAUGAUCCGGCCAGACCGGCUGGCGUGGGUCAUUUCUUGAUCGCGAUCAAGCCGGAUUUGUUCCUUUCGCUGGACGAGUUCAAGGAGAGAAUGGAUUACUUGUACCAGCGUGUGGUUGGUUCUGAGAAGAGGGAUGGCUUCGAGCGCAUAUACUUUCCGGGUGAGCUGGAGCAUCUGGAGGAAGAGAAGCGAAGGGUUCAGGGUAUCCCGUAUACCACGUCGGAAGUGGACUGUUUGAACAAGGAGGCUGAACUGGUGGGAGUACCUCUCUUGAACUCCUAG